AGGCUUCAUGUCUCCUCCAGGCCUUCCGUGAUUGAGCACUUGUGUGUUUUCCAGCUGGUCUGCGGUCAGUCUUGGUGCACCUGCGCCACAGCGGACCUCAGGAGAGAACGGCGGCGCAAAAUCUGACUCAGGGUCUGCAGGGCGGCGUGUUGGUCUGUUUUUUCCCCUCCCGGAGAACCGAACAGCGGAGAGCACAGCAGAGAAGGCCCGCCAUUUCCCCUCCUCGGUGGUCUUUUUCCUCUUUCAUAGCGCUUUAAAGCCGAGCAGCGGCAGGAGGAGGCGGUGGAAGAGGAGGAGGAGGAGCGCCGGCGGCGGCGACGACUGGCGGAGCGGCGGAGGCAAGCAGGGAUCCGGUGUGCCACAUCGGGAUGAGAGCGAGACAGAGACCCUGGUCGGAUGAGUCAGCGAGUGGACCGUGCAGUCACGGCGUCCGUGAAAUCUGAAUGAAUCCCGACAAGAAAGAAGCGAUCUAACGUUGUUUCCCCCCCCCUCUGAUUGUUGUUGUUGUCAGAUUCCGUUUCUCUUUAUUCCGCCCUCCCCCGGUGUGCGGCUGCCAUAGCCUAGUUUUGAUUUUUGUUUCCUCCAGGCUGGGAACAGGGGGGUCCGGUGAGCCUGCGGAGGAGGUGGAGAGUUGGUUUCAUCUAUUAGAACAGAACUCAAAUCGAAAACCGACCGAGCCUUCAGAUUUUGUAAGUCUUUUGUUGGCGCUGAGUGAGUGACUGAGCGAAGAUGUCGGGGCAGAGCAUUACGGACCGGAUAACGGCAGCCCAGCACAGUGUAACGGGAUCCGCCGUGUCGAAAACAGUAUGCAAGGCCACCACACACGAAAUAAUGGGCCCGAAAAAGAAACACCUGGAUUAUUUGAUCCACUGCACCAACGAGAUGAACGUGAACAUUCCCCAACUUGCUGACUCGCUGUUUGAGAGGACCACCAACACCAGCUGGGUGGUUGUGUUCAAAUCACUUAUCACUACACACCACCUCAUGGUCUACGGCAACGAGCGUUUUGUCCAGUACUUGGCUUCAAGGAAUACGCUUUUCAACCUCAGUAAUUUUUUGGACAAAAGUGGAUUACAAGGCUAUGACAUGUCUACAUUUAUCAGGAGGUAUAGUCGAUACCUGAACGAGAAAGCUGUUUCAUACAGACAGGUAGCCUUUGACUUCACAAAAGUGAAACGUGGAGUGGACGGCGUAAUGAGGACCAUGAAUACAGAGAAGCUGCUCAAGACUAUCCCCAUUAUUCAGAACCAGAUGGACGCCCUUCUCGAUUUCAAUGUCAAUGCCAACGAGCUGACUAAUGGAGUCAUCAAUGCAGCCUUCAUGCUCCUCUUCAAAGACUCCAUCAGGCUCUUUGCUGCUUAUAAUGAAGGCAUUAUCAACCUGCUUGAGAAAUACUUUGACAUGAAGAAGACUCAGUGUAAAGAAGGCUUGGACAUUUACAAGAAGUUUCUCACCCGAAUGACCCGGAUAUCAGAAUUCCUCAAAGUAGCAGAGCAGGUGGGCAUUGAUCGAGGCGAUAUUCCGGACCUCUCACAGUUCACAGUUUGUGCUCCCAGUAGCCUUCUUGAAGCUCUGGAGCAACACUUGGCUUCUUUAGAGGGCAAGAAGGUCAAAGACUCCACUGCUGCCAGCAGGGCCAGCACUCUGUCCAAUGCGGUGUCGUCACUGGCCAGCACGGGGAUGUCUUUUACUAAAGUGGAUGAGCGGGAGAAGCAGGCAGCUCUCGAAGAGGAACAGGCCCGACUCAAAGCUCUCAAGGAACAAAGGCUUAAAGAGCUCUCGAAGAGGCCGUCUUUCGCCACCACUGAUACAUCACCGAUAUCCACCACAGGGGGCACUAUCAGCACAGCACCAGCCAUCGACCUCUUCUCUACACCCAGCUGCUCUAAUGGUGCUGUGAAAAUGGAAAGCGACCUUUUUGACCUGCAGUCAACUUUCCAGCCCUCCAUGCAAUCAGGCUCCACAGGGCUUCCAGCGGCGACACCGUGGGCAGAUCCUUUCACCUCUGCUGAAGCUGGAGAUGAUUCCAUGCCAAACCUUAACCCUUUCCUCUCAAAACUCGUUGUCGAUGCCACUCACUUACCUGUCGUGUCUUCAGACGGUGUUAGCUUUUCCUCUAGGACAUCUGGUCAUGAAAUGUUUGGUGAUCGUUACAAUCCCUUUAUUGACACAAACUCAUCCGUUUCAACCAAUUACAAACGCACAGUGCGGAUAGAACACUCCAUCUCAGACUCCUUCUGUGGUCCAGUGUCCAUUGCCCAGCACCUCCCACAUCAGGCUCCCUUCCCCACUGAGCCCUCUACUGUAGCAGGUCUAUUCAGAGGAUACUCAACGCCACAGGCACCUCCACAACAGUCAGGAGGUGGACUCCAGGUGGACUUUGAGUCGGUUUUUGGAGCCAAAGCCACAGGCAGCAGCAGCCUCAAUUCUGACGAUAUUACUGGAGGCAUCCUGAAACCAACUCUUGCCGGCUCCAACCAGCCGUCCAGUCUGCAGCCAGAGAAGCUGGUGUCAGACGACCUUGACUCCUCCCUGGCCAACCUUGUCGGCAACCUCGGCAUUGGAAACGGCACCAUGAAAAAUGACAUCCACUGGAGCCAGCCGGGGGAGAAGAGGAUGACCGGCGGCACCAACUGGCAGCCCAAGGCGGCGCCGACCACGACCUGGAACCCCGUUUCCAUGCCACCGUCAAUCAUGGCCUUCCCUGCCACCACGCCCACAGGCAUGAUGGGAUAUGGCAUGCCUCCACAGAUGGGCUCUAUGGGGAUGAUGAAUCCACCCACCAUGAUGUACUCCCAGCCCGUCAUGAGGCCACCCAACCCCUUCGGCUCCGUGUCUAGUGCUCAGCCCUCUGCAGCCUCUAGUCCUUCCAGCCAGAGUCCUCUCCGAGCCCCUGGACAGGACCCGUUUGCACACCUCUCUCUCAAGGAUUUCUUGUAGAGCAUCUCUUUAGAUGCAGUUCAUGUAAUUUGAAGGAAGUGUCUCUCGGAAGAUGAAGCACUUAGCAGCAAAACUUUGUCCUCGUUGCAGUCCAGCUCUUCAGAGAAACAUUCACACACACCCCAAAUACAGACAUGUCAAGAACACAGCGGUGCAACGACUGUCCGAAACCAUGGUAACCAUGUCCAAAUGACGUUUGGCGAUAGCUCACACCCAUUAUUCUGUAACUUGUCCGAGACGUCGAGUGAUGCUGCUGUCUAAACCCCCUUAAGAGGAUUCCUUAUCCGUUUUACAGUGUAAUCUGUAAAGAUAGUUUGGGUGCUGAGAAACUUUAAUGUUGAUGUAUUUGGAGAUGCUGUGGUUGGAUGUAAAGGCUUGAUGUUCAGCGGGGAGGGGCUGGAGGAAGGAGGAGAGUGGUCCUUCCCUUUCUUGAUCCGAUCGUCAGUCAUCCAUUCCCUGCAGUUAUUUAACUGUCACUAAGUAGUGAUGCUAAUGACGUUUACACCUGUUUAGUUUUUGUCUUUUUUACCGUGUUUACAGUAGACAUUCCUUGUGUGUUGUUUGUAUUUAUUUAUGAUUAUUGGUUUAAGAUUGGGGAAAAAAAAUCAUGUAAAAUCUACAGUACUUUGAACACCUGUGGGAGUGCUUCAGCAUUAAACAAGGAUCUCAGACUAUCAUUAAGAGGUAGAGUAAAAAAAAGAAGAAGCUAUUAUAUAAAUUACACCUAUUAAGCGGAAUGAUAGAGCACUAAAUAUUCUCCGAGUUUUGUGUUAAGAAAAUUUUUUACUAGCUGAAAGAUUUCACGGUCUCCAUUGUACUUAAAGUGCAGGGGGUUAGAGUACGAGUCAGUUAACAGUAUAUAGUUGAUUCUGUGCCUAGGGUUUUAUUUUGCAAUGGAUCAGUUUCCUGACUAGUUGAAAAACACUUCAUCCACGAAUCUGAAGCGUCGCACUGGGCGGUGGGCUCCAUUUGCUUUAAGCUUGGCAUGCCAUUGACUCACUGACUGUAAUCAAGGCUGCCUUUACUCUGAAUGUGAAAGAGUUGUCUUCAUGUUGCACACAUCUUUCCACACUACAGUUCCUCAGCGAGAGGGAGAGCGAGGGGGGGAUGGCUGGUUACCGGUGUUGGCGGCGAUUUGAUGUAAAUUAAUUGUAUAAAAGAUCCCGAGGACCAGGGUGGAGCGGAGGAGCACUGUUGAUCGGUGCUCUGUGUAUAUAAAAACUGACUGUUCUUCGAGUGCAAAAGCGAAAGAUGUAUGAAAUAUGAAAGCAAUUCAAUCAAAUUUGACUCUACCUAAGUUUGAUUCAGGAUAUUCUCUGCGUUUGUCUCCGCAGAUAUUUUCUUUAUGUAAUUAGAACGUGUAGCAGACAAUGACUGAAGUCUUUUCUUUCUUUUACAAAUAAAGAGCAGCUUCCACAAA